AUGGCGAGCCACAAGUUGCCGCCCAAGGUAGUGGUGCAGAUGCUGAAAGACAACGAGAUAAAGAAGGUGAAGCUUUUCGAUGCGGAGCAAUCAACGAUGAGCGCAUUGGCCGGCACCGACAUUGAAGUUAUGGUUGCGAUCCCUAAUGACCAGCUCUCUGUCAUGGGCAGUUACGACCGAGCUAAGGAAUGGGUCAGGCGCAAUGUAACCCGCUACAAUUUCAAUGGCGGUGUCAAUAUCAAAUAUGUGGCAGUAGGGAAUGAACCUUUCCUCACAUCCUACAACAAGACUUUCCCAGCUCUUCAAAAAAAAAACAUUCAGAACGCCAUAAAUGAAGCUGGGUUUGGGGACUCCAUCAAAGCAACUGUACCCCUAAAUGCCGAAGUUUACGGUUUGCCCCCAGGCAACAGCGCCCCGUCUGCCGGCCGAUUCCAAGCCGACAUCUUGCCUCAGAUGAACCAAAUCGUGGACUUUCUGCACCGAAACAAUGCCCCCUUCACCGUCAACAUAUACCCUUUCCUCAGCCUCUACGGUAACGAGCACUUCCCGAUCGACUAUGCCUUCUUUGAUGGGGGCAGUACCCCCAUUGUCGACGGUGAUAUUCAAUACACCAAUGUGUUUGAUGCCAAUUUCGACACCUUGGUCUCAUCCCUAAGGGCGCUCGGUUAUGGCGAUAUGCCCAUAAUGGUAGGAGAGGUCGGGUGGCCAACAAACGGAGAUAUAAAUGCCAACGUUAACUACGCGUUACGAUUCUACAGAGGGCUUUUGCCGAGGCUAGCGGACAAUAGGGGGACCCCUCUUCGACCGGGUUACAUAGAGGUUUACCUUUUUGGGCUUCUUGACGAGGACAUAAAGAGCAUAGACCCGGGUAAUUUCGAGCGCCACUGGGGAAUUUUCAGGUACGACGGACAACCCAAGUUCCCGAUGGACUUGAGCGGACGGCAAAACGUAGAGUAUCUUCCCAGCAGAUGGUGCAUGCUUAGACCGGACGCUGACCAGACGAGACUUGCGGAAAAUAUCAACUUCGCGUGUUCGCGUGCCGACUGUACUGCACUAGGCUACGGUUCUUCGUGCAACGGCUUGGAUACUAAUGGGAAUGCAUCGUACGCGUUUAACAUGUAUUUUCAGGUGCAGAGUCAGAGAGAUAUGAGCUGCAACUUCCAGGGACUGGCAAUGGUGACUCAACAGAAUAUAUCACAACUCAACUGCAAUUUCACAAUUCAGAUAGCAACCUCAUCAUCUUCCUCACAUCUGAUUGGUGUGCCGUUUUUUAUUUUAAGGGCCCUCACGUUUCUAUUUUUAGAGAUGUUUUUUUUCUUAUUAAUGAAUACCUCACCUCAUUCAUGUGAGCUAUACUAUUUUUUACAUUGAUUUGAGUUAUUGUUUUGGGACUAUAUUUUUGUGGGAUUAUUGACUUGAAUUCAAUUUAUAAUCUUCUGGUUUUCUUCUGUAUUUUUAGUUCAGUUUAUAUGUUCAAUGACAUCGAAAAGUAAGACUAUAUAGCA